AUGGGAAUGCCAUUAUUGAACUAUCUGAAGAAAAACCACAUAAACUAUGUUUCGUCCAAAGUUGAGAAAAAACUCUAUGCUUAUGGAAGUCAAAAACCUCUGAAAGUGGCUGGGAUCUUCACAGCAACUGUGAAAUACAACCAAACCGUCAUUCCGGAUGUGGAAUUCGCGGUCAUUGAGGGAGAAGGACAAGCCUUACUUGGUAGAGAUACAGCUGUGCAGUUGGGCAUGUUACAGAUCGUUAGCAGUGUUAGUGAAGCUGUUAAUCUGGACAACAGAACUGUUUUUGAGAAAUACCCUAAUGGCUUCAAAGGAGUAGGAAAGCUGAAAUCCUUUCAACUAGAAAUACCAAUCAACCCAGAUGUUGAGCCAGUAAUACAGCCUAUGAGACGUAUACCCUACAGUUUGCGCGACAAACUCGACAGGAAGUUGGAUGAGCUACUCGAUUUGGACAUCAUUGAACGCGUUGACAAGCCAUGUGCGUGGGUGUCUCCAGUGGUUUGUGUACCCAAACAUUCAGGUGAUGACAUUCGACUCUGUGUGGACAUGCGCCAGGCCAAUACGAGUCCGUCACCCUAUUCCUCAAUUGAUGAAAUUUUGCAUGAAAUGAAUGGUAGUACUGUUUUUAGCAAACUUGAUGUUACUUGGGCAUAUCACCAGAUUGAGUUAAAACCAGAAUCUCGAGAAAUUACUACUUUUGUAACACAUAAGGGUUUAUUUAGAUACAAACGUCUUAUGUUUGGCAUUAGUUGUGCCCCAGAAAUGUAUCAAAAGGUCAUGCAACAAGUGUUGCAAGGGUGUGAGAGGGUGCGCAAUAUUAUGGAUGAUAUCUUUGUACAUGCAAGUAGUCAAGAAAAACAUGAUAGAUGUCUUGAAAAUGUUGUGAGAGUGUUGUAUGAAAAGGGGCUUACCUUUAACAGGGACAAAUGUGAGUUGACUAUGUCAGAAGUUGUAUUUAUGGGUCAUGUUUUGUCUGGUCUUGGCAUACCUCCGUUUGAAGCCAAAGUCAAAGCCGUUGUCGAAGCACGCGAAUCGAAAACUUCGAAAUUGAAGCGUCGUCUGGCAGAUGCCAAAACGUUGGGUUACUAUGACAAAUCUGCGCCGACUAAAGUUAUAGCCGAUGCUAGUCCUGUAGGACUCGGGGCGGUGCUGGUGCAAGAACAAAAUGUUCGGUACAUUCCUGGUCCAAGAAAUAUCGCAGAUACACUUUUGCGUCUGGUUAAGAAUGACCCUGCUCAACAGUCGCUUGAUUUGGAGGAUGCUUAUGUGAGGUUUGUAGCUAAGGAAGCUACCCCGAUGGCGAUGACAACACGUGAGAUCGAGAGAGCGUCGGAGAAUGAUGCAGAACUGUGUGCUAUAAGAGACUGUCUUGUAAGCCAGCAAUGGCAUCGUAUAGAAUUUAAGCAAUAUUUGCCAGUGCGUACUGAGUUGUGUUCAAUUGUACGCGACCGCGAUGCAGAAAGGAAGGAGAAGGGUAAAAUGUAUUCAGAUAAACGUCGCAUGGCAGCCAAAACCGAUAUUCGUGCAGGUGACCAAGUUCUGUGA